AUGGAGAACGAGAAGGGAGAGAUCGUCGAUCUCUACGUGCCCCGCAAGUGCAGCGCCACCAACCGCAUCAUCAAGGCCAACGACCACGCCUCCGUCCAGCUGUCCGUCGGCAAGGUUGACGAGAACGGCCGCUACACCGGUGAGAACGAGACCUACGCUCUGUGCGGUUUCAUUCGCGCCCGUGGUGAGAGCGAUGACUCCUUCAACCGCCUCGCUCAGCGUGACGGUUUCCUGAAGAACGUCUGGGCCGCCAGCCGCCAGCGAUAA